UGCUUUUCAGUGACGGGACGCUGUCUCAAAACGUCUUAUUCGAUUUGACAGCUGAGACGACUCAAGUCUCUUUUUCGUCGAAACACAUCUUGGUUCGGACACGUUGAGGAAGAACUACCAAAAUGCAGAUCUUCGUUAAGACCCUCACGGGCAAGACUAUCACCCUCGAGGUCGAGCCAUCGGAUACGAUUGAAAAUGUGAAGGCUAAGAUCCAGGACAAGGAAGGUAUACCCCCGGAUCAGCAGCGUUUGAUCUUCGCCGGUAAGCAGCUGGAGGACGGACGUACCCUGUCCGAUUAUAACAUCCAGAAGGAGUCCACCCUCCAUCUGGUGCUGCGUCUGCGUGGUGGUAUCAUCGAACCGUCGCUUCGUAUUCUGGCCCAGAAGUACAACUGCGAUAAGAUGAUCUGCCGUAAGUGCUACGCCCGUCUGCACCCGAGAGCAACAAAUUGUCGCAAGAAGAAGUGUGGCCACACCAACAAUCUGCGCCCAAAGAAGAAGUUGAAGUAGGCGGUGCGUUUUUGUGUGUACGGUGGAAUCUUUUCGGCACUGGUUUGUAGAGAGUCCGUCAGGAUUGGAUUUUUUUUGUGAAAGCAAGUAUGUUUAAACAGCGCAGGUGUCGAUUAAAUUUAACACACAAAAGUGAAAAAUAAAUCGAUUUACGUUUAAAAAAUAA